GUGGAAAAUUUCACAGUGUGUUUCUCAGAUGGUAGAGUAUUAUGUCAUUUGAUUCAUCAUUAUCAUCCGUGUUACGUGCCUUUGGAAGCUGUGUGUCAACGUACAACUCAAACAGUAGAAUGCUCAAGAACCCAUACAGUGGGACUAAACUCUUCCUCCUCAUCCUCUUCAGAGUCUGAUACUUCUCUAAAUGUUAAGGAAGGAACGUUCGACCAAACUGUAAAUGUCUCCGCCCUAUACAAGGAACUCUUGGACAAUGAAAGGAAAAACUUCCAGCUGAUCAAUGCUGCAGUUUCUGACCUAGGCGGAAUACCAGCAAUGAUUCAUCACUCGGACAUGUCAAAUACAAUUCCUGAUGAGAAGGUUGUUAUUACCUAUGUAUCAUUUCUGUGUUCGCGGCUUCUAGAUCUUCGGCAAGAAAGUCGAGCUGCUCAAUUAAUUCAGUCUGCCUGGAGGAAUUACAGGCUGAAAAGGGAACUGAAACUUUCUCAGGAGAGAGACAGAGCUGCUCGGAUAAUUCAAAAAUCUGCAGUUAACUUCUUGUCUCGUCGACGCAUCCUGAAGAAAGUGAAUGCAGCAGUUUGCAUCCAGAAGCACUGGAGAAGAUACUUAGCCAGGACGAACUUUUUAAACUUGAAAAAGACAAAAAUGGAGGAAGCCAGAAGUAAAUCUGCCACAGUCAUUCAGGCUUAUUGGAGAAGAUACUCCGCUAGGAAAAGAUAUUUACGACUAAGAUACUAUGUUAUCUUUGUACAAGCAAGGAUAAGGAUGGUGAAGUCUGUUGCUGCAUAUAAACGAAUCCUUUGGGCCACUGUUACAAUUCAGUCUCAUCUGCGUGCAUCGAAGUUGGCAAAAAAAGACCGGCAAAGAUAUGAAAUCUUAAAGUCUUCAGCACUUAUUAUUCAGUCUGCAUUCAGAAGAUGGAGAAAAUACAAAAUUCAACAGCAAAUUAAAGCAACUUUAGUGCUUCAGACUUAUUUCCGAAAGUGGCAGUCUUCAAAACUGGCUAAAAGAAAGAAGGCUACCCUUGUCAUUCAGUCUUGGUAUAGGAUGCACAGAGAGCUGAAGCAGUAUCUACGUAUUAAGCAAAGUGUUAUCAAGAUUCAGGCUUGGUACAGGUGUCAGCUGGCUAGACAUAUUUACCAGGAACACAGGGCAAAAAUAGUGGCAAUCCAGCAGUAUUACAGAGCUUAUAAACUAGGAAAAAUUGAGAGAGAGUACUAUUUGCAAAAGCGUGCAGCAGUGAUAGUUCUCCAAGCUGCUUUUAGAGGCAUGAGGGCACGAAAACUAUUCAGGCAAACAAAAGCAGCUUGUCUUGUUCAAUCAAUGUGGAGAAUGAAAAAAGAGAAACUAAGAUUCCUACGAUUAAAAAACUCUGUUACUACAUUGCAGUCACAUGUGAGAAGAUACCAACAAGUAAAAAGAUACAAAGAGAUUAAAAAUGCAGCUUCUGUAAUUCAAACUUGGUAUAGGUCACAUGUCGCUUCUAAAAAAGCAGCUGCUUCUUUCCAGAGGAUGCGCCUGGCUGCUAUUGUCCUACAGUCUGCCUACAGAGGGAUGGAAGCUAGGAAAGAGGCUCGCAUGUUGAGAUCUGUGAUAAAAAUUCAGUCAAGUUACCGUGCUUAUAUUAUCCAGAAGAGAUUUAAAAACUUAAAAGAUGCAACAGUGAAGAUUCAAGCUUUUGUAAAGAUGAGGCAAGCACAUAAGCAUUAUUGUGCAUUAAGAGAGGCAACACUUUAUGUCCAGCGAAGGUAUCGGUCUCGUAGAUCUGCUCUUCAACUUAAAGAAGAUUAUAGGAAAUUGAAGGGAGCUUGCAUAAGAAUUCAAGCUGCAGUUCGAGGCUAUCUUGUCAGGAAACAAAUACAAAGGUGGAGGGAGACUGCAGUCUUUCUCCAGGCACGCUACAGAAUGAGAAGGGACAGGACAUGCUAUUUAAGCAUCUAUAGUGCUGCUGUUGUUAUUCAAAAACAUUAUCGUGCAUACAAAAAGCAGCUGUGUCAGAGGCAGGAGUUCUUACAAGUUAAAAAAGCAGCUGUGUGCUUACAAGCAGCCUACAGGGGUUAUAAAGCACGCAAAAAGCUUGAACUUGAAUAUAGAGCUGCUAUUAAAAUUCAGACUGCUUUUAGAGCUCAUGCUGCAAGAAUGAAAUAUAUGACAAUGGUUCAGGCCUCCAUUGUGAUUCAGAGGUGGUACAGAGCUUCCAAGACUGGUAACAGGCAAAGACUGAACUUCUUAAUGACAAGAGCGGCAGUGAUUUCUUUACAAGCAGCUUUUCGUGGCUGGAAGGUACGAAAGCAGAUUCAAAGACAGUGUGCUGCUGCUACUAAGAUACAGUCUGCCUUCAGAAAAUUCAUGGCUCUGAAAAAAUUCAGACUUAUGAACCGUGCUGUGCUAACUAUCCAAAAGCAUUACAGAGCCAGUGUUAUAGGCCAGAAACAACAGCAAGAAUAUGUUCGGCUGCGUAAGUCUGCAGUGCGUCUUCAGGCAAUAUGGAGGGGGAAAACUGUGAGAAAAACAAUUCAAAAGAAACAUAAUCUUGCAACAAUUAUUCAGUCCUAUUACAGAAUGCAUGUAAAUCAACUAAAAUAUAAGAAACUGAGACAGGCUACUCUAGUGAUUCAGAAAUACUUCAGAGCUUACUGUACGAAAAAAAAGCAGCGUGCAAUUUAUCUAAAAGUAAAGGCAGCAGUCUUAGUCUUGCAGUCUGCUUAUCGUGGGAUGACUGUGAGGAAACAACUGAGCAAACUAAACAAAGCUGCUACAACUAUACAAGCUGCUUUCAAAUCUUACCUGAUCAAAAAGGACUAUGAAAGGCUUCGAUCUGCAGCUACAGUAGUUCAAAGGCAUUAUCGUGCAAUUAAUCAUGCUAAACAUCAAAAGCAGAAAUAUUUGUCUUUAGAAAAAGCCACAGUCCAAAUGCAGGCGACUUACAGAGGUGUAAGAGUCAGACGACAAAUUCACUGUAUGCAUCAAGCAGCUAUUUGUAUCCAAGCCACAUUUAAGAUGCAUCGCAUGAACAUAAAAUACCAGGCAAUGAGAAUGGCAGCAAUUAUAAUUCAAAGACAAUAUAGAGCAUUUUGUUUAGGCAAAGAACAACGUAAAAAGUACUUGGAGCUAAAGAAGUCUAUCAUUAUUCUUCAGGCUGCCUGUAGAGGCACGAAGGUCCGACAAGACUUAAAAACCAUGCAUCAAUCAGCAGCAAUAAUACAGUCUUAUUAUCGCAUGCACAAACAACAGAGGGAUUUCAGAAAACUGUUGCUGGCAACUAGGCAGAUUCAGCAGUGGUUCCGUGCUUGUAAGGCACGAGAUACACAAGUUCACAACUAUAUGAUUGUGAAAAAUGCUACACUUUGUAUCCAGGCUGCCUUCCGUGGUAUGAAAACAAGAAGACUUCUAAGAACAAUGAGUGAAUCAGCUGAGUGUAUUCAGAGAAGAUUUAGAACUUUUCUCAAAAGAAAAUAUUUUCUUUCCGUUAGGGCAGCUGCUAUUGUAAUUCAGAGAAAAUACAGAGCAACAAAACUAGCAAAAAUUCAACGUCAGAAGUAUCUCUCUCUCCUCAGUGCUGCUGUUACCAUACAGUCUGUCUAUAGAGGCUUUGUGGUAAGAAAAAAAAUCCAGCAGAUGCAUCAAGCUGCUACAGUUAUUCAAGCAACAUUAAGAGCGCGUAACCUGAAGAAAAUUGCAGUACAGCGUUACUCUUCAUUAAAGAAAGCAGCAAUUUGUAUCCAGAAGGCGUUUCGAGACAUGCAAGCAAAAAAACGACAUCGAGAAAUGCACUGCGCUGCUAUUGUUGUUCAGAAAAACUUUAAGGCUUUUAGAGGACGUCAAAGAUAUCUCUCCCUUAAAGCAGCUACUCUUGUCUUUCAGAGAAGAUACAGAGCUUUGGUUCUGUCAAGACAGCAUACUUUGGAGUAUCUUUCUCUUCGCAGAGCAACUAUUCACAUACAGGCUGUGUACAGAGGUAUGAGAGUGCGGAAGAGUAUUGAGUGUAUGCAUUUAGCUGCUAGUACAAUACAGUCAGCCUACAAAAUGCACAGGAACAGAAGGUCCUAUCAGAAUAUGAGAAUUGCAGCUAUUGUUAUACAGAACCACUAUCGAUCCUACGUUAAAGGAAAGAAACAACGGAAGAAAUAUCUGGCAAUGAAGAAUUCUGCUCUUGUUAUUCAAGCAUCAUAUAGAGGCAUGAAGGAACGACAGAAGCUGAAAAUCAUGCAUGUUUCAGCAAUUGUAAUACAGUCUAGUUAUCGCACGUACAUACAACGUAGAUAUUACAAACAGUUGUGCUGGGCUGUCAGAGUUACACAGCAAAGGUUCAGAGCCAAAAUGGCAAAAGAAGCUGACAUGGAAAACUAUGCAAAAAUAAAAAAGGCUGUCAUUUGCCUUCAAUCCUCUUUUCGUGCUAAAAAAGCUAGGCAGUUGUAUAAAACCAUGGUUGCUGCACGGUGCAUACAAUCGUUCUUACAAAUGUGCAUGGAGAGGAGGCGUUUUCUUGAAAAGAAAGCAGCAGCAAUAGCGAUCCAGUCUAUGUUCCGAUGCCAAAGAACAAGGACUCGCUAUACAUUGAUUCGGAGUUCAGCAGUUGCUAUUCAGAGGUGGUACAGAGCAUGUCACAGGGCUCGUUUACAGAAAGCAGAGUAUUCUGCUCGAAGACAAGCAGUAGUAAUUAUUCAGUCUGCCUUCCGUGGUAUGAAAGCAAGAAAAAUAGCGAGACGCAUACGAGCUGCAAGAAAGAUUCAGUCAUUUCUUCAGAUGGCUGUGCAGCGUAGAAAAUUUAUUCAAAUUAGAACAGCAGCUAUUACGUUACGAGCCUAUUACUUAAUGCGUAAAACUAAAUCACAGUAUACAAGCUAUAAAAAAGCAGCAGUUGUCUUACAACGAUGCUACCGAUCCCACUUGGCUGUGAAAUACCAAAGAAUGACUUACUUGCAGACCCGGAGGAACAUUAUCAUUGUGCAGGCUAGAGUCAGAGGAUUCAUCGAAAAGAAGAGGUUUCACAAAAUUAAGGAAAGCACAAUAAAAAUUCAGGUACUUUUGAAUGUAUAG